AGACAGCUACUGGUAAUGCUGAAGUGGUGGUAGCUGAUGAAACUUCAGCAGUCAGUGAUUUUCCUGACUUAUCAUCGGUGCAUGUAACAAGUGAAUCAGAUGAAAAAAAGGAAACGGAUGAUGCAGGGACUAUACGAAGUGUUAUUUCUCAGCAACAGAAGCCUGUUGAUCUUCCUUCCUUGAGCAGUAUGGACCCCAAACAACCAACCUCUGAUUACAAGGAUGAUAGCAAAACAGAAGCAGAUACAGGAGUCAGUGCAAGUAGUGACUUCAAGAUAAUGUCAGGACUCACAGAAUCAAGUCAAAUUAUUAAACUCACCUCUCCAGCUACAUCUGCCGGAGCAGCAAAGCCAAGUGGAUGGUACAGAGAUAUGUUUAAAUCCAUGCAUGUCACUGAUGAUCCACGUUUUUCUGGGGAUGGAUCAAGUGCUGCAUUUACAUCAGUUGAACAUGAGCAGGAGAAAUCAAGCAAGAAAAAGCCACCACCUGCAACACGGCCUACUCAGCAUGGCUCUACUUCAAGCAGAACAACAUUUGCAGUAACUGGCUCUAGCCAACCAACAUCUGUUGUGAAGACAACAGUAUUAUCUUCUAUGACUACGCAGCACACCACUAGUAGCAGGCCACCAGCUACGGUUACUGUCGGUGGUUUUCAGGAUCCUACAGCAGUAAUUAAACAACACAAAGGACGUAGUGAAACAGCAUCUACAUAUAAGCCACUAUCAGCUCCUGUUGGGAAACUGUCUGGUAGUUCUGGAUCAGUGUAUCGAAUGAUGCAGGCUGGAGGAGAAAUACCAGAAAAGGGACUGGCAACAUUUCCUCGAGAGGCAUCACCAACUUUGCAAAGAAGAGUUGAUGCUAUUCAGCAAAAGCCUGUUUCAUCUUCUGGUACCAACACAUCUAUAAUGCCAAGUACCACAUCAGCUAAGUUUAGUUCAUUUCCUACACAGCUGCCUACUCAAGGUGGAUCUUUGGCACUAGGAACACAUAACAGUCAUCAUUCACAUCAUGUACGUGCAGUUCAAGAGAGAAUGUCAUCUUCGCCAACAGAGCAAUUCAUACCAUCGGAAAAACAGCAACCAGAAGCUAUCGUUAAAUCGCAACAGAUGGCUACAGUCCAGCAAAUGGUUGAGGAAGCACCACCAUUGUCACAGUCUGAUAGCAAACAAGAUGAUGUUUUACUCACAAGCAGCUUGGUAGUUCAAGUUGGUGGUAAGGAAGCAUCUCCGAGGACAGAGACAGAUGCUCGCAAAUCUGAAAUACAAAAGUUAUUUCAAGAAGUGGAAAUGGAGCUGUCGAUGGUCAGGAAAACUAAUGAAGUUGAUCUUGUGUCACCAUCUGUUCCAGCUCAAUUUCAACCAAAUGCAACAGAAAACAUUCAGUCACGUACCUCAGUAACUAAGGAAGUUGAUCUUGUAUCACCAUCUGUUCCAGCUCAAUUUCAACCAAAUGCAACAGAAAACAUUCAGUCGCCUACUUCAUUAAAGUCACCAAGCAGGAAGAGCCCUGAAGAAAAAGGAAAAGCUAAGGCUCUAUACACAUUUAAGGCUGAAACAUCAAGGGAGCUGCAGCUUGAGAAGGGUUCUGUGGUGACUCUCCUUCGGGAAGUUGACAAGAACUGGCUGGAAGGUGAACUAGAGGGCAAGAAAGGCAUAUUUCCCAAAACAUAUGUUGAGGUUAUUUCCCCAAUUCCUAAAGUAGUAUCUAGUAGAUCAUCACAGUCUUUAACUCCUAUAAUUCCAUCAGGACCUACUGCUCGAGCCAAAUUUAAAUUCGAAGGUGAUGCAUCUGUUGAACUGUCAUUCAAGAAGGGCGAUAUUAUAUCUCUUAUUCGAAGAGUAGAUGAUAACUGGUAUGAGGGAAGGAUUGGACCAAGGAAGGGUAUAUUUCCAGUUUCAUAUGUUGAGGUUGUUCUGGAUAUUGGAAAAAAAAGCUUGACUUCGAAAGAUUCAAGAACGUCAACCAGUAGGAACAACACUUCUGCAACAACUGUACAGGGCAGACACACAGGAGAUCAAAGGUUGUCUAGUGGAUCGAUGCAGUUUGAGUCUUCUGAAUCUGGGGAAAGAAGGCACUCAGUGAAGAAGCAAGGCCCCCCUAGGCCAUCGCAACCACCCUCACGACCUUUGAAACCUCCAUCACAAACACCAACUGUGUUGCAAAAAAAGUAUCAAGGGGACAAAUAUAAGGCUGUAUUUAGUUACAGACCUGAAAAUAAGGAUGAGUUGGAACUGGAAGAAAAUGAUACAGUUAUUGUCGUUGAAAAAUGUGAUGAUGGUUGGUUUGUUGGAACAUGUGAACGCACAGGAAAGUUUGGCACCUUUCCUGGUAACUUUGUCGUGAAAUUGACUUAAUUGAGGGCUAUAUGUGAUGUGAUUGAUGAGCUGCCCGGUUUAUGAUGUGUCAUUAUGAUGUCUCAGCCUUGAUGCAGUGUUUUAGCUUACAGACUAGAUACCGUGUAGUUGUGGAAGUUAGUGUAGCCAGUGUCAGGUGGCAUUUCAGUGGCUUGCAAAGACUUUACUUUUUUAGUGUGACAUUGGCUAUCAAGUUUAGCGCUAAUGAAAUGAAUAUGAACGUGAGUUUGAUCGGGAAUGCUUUGUCUCAAACUCAGUCUCGUAUAGACAUUAAUGAUAGUAAAGUGCUAGGCAUUUAUGUCAAUAAUUGUCAUAAUUU